ACAGAUAUGUCCGAUACAUGGCCGCCUAAUCUCGCUCAUUUUACAUUUAUUUACAACAUUAUAUAUCAUCUCAUCUAAAAUUCGGGGUCUCUGUUUUGAAGAUCCGAUAAGGGUUUUGCAACAUCCAAUUCCAAAAUCAUCAUCACAUCACAAGAAUAAACAAGAAAAAAAAGGGUGGCUGAUCGGGAAGAAAUGCAAUCGCGAAUUAGAUUACUCACUAACCUCGCCUCUAAAUCUUUUGAUUCUUCUAGGGUUCUUGUUUCCUCUCCUUCUCAUUUCUCGACAAAAAGUUAUGGUUCCUUGAGAGAAUUACCGGUUUCAUGCAAUCGUACUGGAAUAACCUCAGUAGCAUCAGCCUACAAAGAGUCCAGGCCAAGCUUAUUGAUGGGGGGCCAACUGGUACCCCGUUUGAUUAGUAGGGGAGUUACUACAUUGGAUGAUUCACUCAAAUCUGAUCAACAAGAGGCUUCUGCUGCUACUGAGGUUCCAUCUCGCAUUAAAUUCAAGAGGCUCGAUAAAACUGCCAGACACAUUAUGCAGAUACUGGAUAAAGAAGCAGUGCAGGAAGUCCGGUCACAAAGAGAGAUACCUGAUAUAAGGCCAGGUUAUAUAAUCCAGAUGAGAUUGGAAACACCUGAAAACAAAAGACGUGUGUCAACAGUAAAAGGAAUAGUCAUAGCGAGACGCAAUGCAGGUCUAAAUUCAACAAUCAGAAUAAGAAGACUUGUUGCAGGAGUUGGGGUUGAGUCGCUACUACCACUGUACUCACCAAACAUCAAAGAGAUAAAGAUUUUGGACAAGAAGAAAGUGAGGAGGGCGAAGCUUUACUAUCUCAGGGACAAGAUGAACGCACUCCGGAAAUAGAAACCUCCAGUUUGCUAGCAUUGAAAGUGAGGGGCAUGCCCUGGUGGGUGAGUUCAGUUGGGUUGCUGUGCAGCAACCAUUAUUUUUGCUUACUGAAUUAUAGAUUCUUAAGUUUAAUAUUUAUGUUCUUGCUUUAAGAAUGUUAAAACCAAUCAUUUAGUUAAUAAUUGCAACUAUUUUGUGUUGUAGGCUUUUGACUAA